AAACUUAGCAAGAGAGAGGGAGGAGAGAAACCCAAAGGAAAAAGAGAAGAAGAAACAGCAAAAAAAAAAUCCUUUCAUACUUUGGUUUUUUUUUUUUUGAAAAAUCAGUGCUUUAAAAACCCUAACUUUAAUAAUUCUACUUGUAGUGUGUUGUUUAGUUUCUGCAUCUCUCUAUGCAUCGAUCGGAUACUAAAUCUUCUACAUUUUUUGGUACUUAUUGGUGGAAAUCUCGAACUUGUGGUGAAGUCGAGGGUUAUUUUAGUAAUUUGAGGGUUCUAAGAUUGUAGAUUGGGAUUUGAACCUAAAAGUGUGUGAAUUUGAGUUGAUUUUAAGGUAAUUUGUGAGAUCAUUUAUUUAUUUGGUGGAAUUUUUGAGUUGUGGCUGUGUGGUGAAUUUUUUGAAAUUGGAUGGGGAAAGAAGAAGGAGGAGGUGAAAUCCCGCCAAAAAUGGUGCAGUCUGAUACGGCGGAUUUUCCUUCUAAGAAGCUAGCGAGGCAGCUCGAUUUCACGGCCGGUUUUGGCGGGGUUUCUUCUGGAAGUGUUAAUUUGCCGGAGCACCCGCAAUCUACACAAAGGAUAGGUGUGGCUUCGCCUUCGGCUGCAGUUACUGUGCAACAGCAACAGAUAAAGCCGCCGACGGUGGUGGCGGCGGCUGUCCCUGUUGUCGCCGCGCAACAUCCUCCUCUUACUACUGCUUCGACCAGAGUUGUAAAACCGGAAUCCCCCAAAGCUAAACCAAGACCAAAUGAACUAAAAGAUGGCACUCCAAAGAAGCAGAAGCAAUGUAAUUGUAAACAUUCUCGGUGUCUGAAACUGUACUGUGAGUGCUUUGCAUCUGGCACAUAUUGUGAUGGGUGCAACUGUGUUAAUUGUUAUAACAAUGUUGAUAAUGAAGCUGCUAGACGAGAUGCUAUUGAAGCGACUUUGGAGCGUAAUCCAAAUGCAUUCAGACCAAAAAUUGCUAGCAGCCCACAUGGUGCACGGGAUAGCAGGGAAGAGGCUGGGGAAGUUUUAAUGUUGGCAAAGCACAACAAAGGAUGCCAUUGUAAGAAAUCUGGGUGCCUUAAAAAGUACUGUGAGUGUUUCCAAGCUAACAUUCUUUGCUCCGAAAACUGCAAAUGCAUGGACUGCAAAAAUUUUGAAGGAAGUGAAGAGAGACAGGCUCUAUUUCACGGUGACCAUGCCAACAAUAUGGCAUAUAUUCAACAGGCAGCAAAUGCUGCCAUAACUGGAGCUAUUGGGUCCUCUGGUUAUGCAUCCACUCCAGUGUCUAAGAAGAGAAAAGUUCAGGACCUGUUCUUUGGGUCAACUGCCAAGGAUCCAUCUGUUCACCGGCUUGGAAACUUUCCACAGCCUCAUCAUAUCAGAGCUUCUGCACCCGCCUCCUCCCUGUCUUCUGUACCAGCUUCUCGUGCUGGUACAACUGCUGCAGUAGGCCCUUCGAAAUUCACAUAUAGGUCUCUGUUAGCAGACAUCAUUCAGAAGCAGGACUUGAAGGAGCUUUGCUCUGUUUUGGUAGUCCUAUCUGGAGAAGUUGCCAAGACACUUUCAGAUCAGAGAAUUUUGACCGAUAAACGGGCAGAAGAUCAUGCAGAAACUUCCAUUGCUUCAUCCACUCAAGACAGGCUGCAAAACCAGAAGGAUUCUGAUGCUGAGAAAACCACGGCUGAUGAUUGUUCAAGUGCUAACCAGGCUGAUAAAGCUGGCCCUGAAGAAUCCAGCUCGGAUGGUGCUGAUAUGCCAAAGGGAAGACCUAUGUCUCCAGGAACUUUGGCAUUAAUGUGUGACGAACAAGAUACAAUGUUCAUGGCCUCUGCUUCUCCUAAUAGGAUCAUGGGCCAUGGUUGCAGCACAUCUUCACAAUUGCCUUAUGAACAGGGCAUGACCGAGAUCUAUGCAGAGCAGGAAAGAAUUGUUUUGACGAAAUUCCGAGAUUGUCUCAAUAGGCUUAUCACUUUCGGAGAAAUAAAGGAAACUCAAUGUUCGUCAUUAGCACGAACGGAGAUAGGUAGUCAAAGAGUUCACCCCAGCAAUGGAACCGAAACAGUCAGAACUGAGACCAGGAAUCAACAAGGAUCCACUACCAAUGGAGUUGCAAAAAAUGCAAGUCCACCGACAGUCAAGACAUCUCCGAUGACUGCUUCAGUGAUCACCGCCAGUAACAAUGAUCUCCCUAGAGGUCCAUCUCAUCCUGAAAAUGGGGAUGCUAAAUCAAAAUCCGAGAAAACAGAUGUAAAGACCAUAAAUGCUGCUGACAAUCGACCCAAGGUAUGAUACCAUAAUUCUCUGCACUAUUUCGAACCAACCAUUCAACUUCCACUUUUCAACUUUGAUGCAAUAUCAAGGUGGUUUGUGGUAGACAUCAUUCUUGAAACUGACCAGUGCACUAAUUUAAUUUCUCUCAUAUCGGAAAAUAUUUAUCCGUUUUUCGUCUCAUACCAUGCCAACUACCCCACCAUAGCUUCCAUUAAUCUAUUCUUAUUUUUUAGCUUAAACAAAGAGGAAUUUUAUAAUUCUUGAUGGAGUUUGUAGCUUACAGUUAAUAUCCAAGAGAAAUGCUUCUGAUUAUUGCUUUAAUUGGUGAGUCACGGUCUUGUAUUGAAUGCUGUUUGCCUCAACGAUUUAUGUUCUUAUUGUUUAUAUGUAAUAUUAUUUCUUCAUUGAAAUGAAAUUUUUUUCACGCUCUUUCUUGCA